CAGCUCCGCGGCUGCACUUGGAGGCGCACGAGGGCCAAUCUCUCGCGUCGGAGGCCCCGGUGUUGGGAGCCCGUGGGCCGGACUGGCUGACCCUCUGGGUGGGCGGAAGCCGCCGGGAUGUGCGUUGUGCGCGCUCCGAGCCUCCCCGGCCGCCCGAUGGCUGCUCCGAGGCUGGCCAUGCGCUGCCUGUGACCACGGACCUCGUGUCCGUGGUUCCCGGGGUUGCGGCGUAGUCUGCGUCCUCUUGGGGUAUCUCCGAGCCUGCGCACCCCCUCCCCGCCUCCCAGGGGAGACCUGGGUUCUAGAUUUGGCUCUGCCACCGGUCACGUAUCUUCCUGCCUCUUCGAGAUUCCGUUUGGCCUUCGCGAAAUAGGGUGCUUUAAGGGUCCUCCCAGCCCCUGGUCCUCAGGUCCUUCAGUCAGUCUGGGCUCUUCCAGCUGUGCUCCAGGACUUGGGGGAAGAAGCCAAGGCAGUAGCAAUUCCAGAGGUUCCCCGCAGGGUUGACGGUUGAGGGGAUAUAGUUGGGUGGCAUUAAGUUAUUUUAAGUGCGUUACCUAAGUGCCAUCAGUCGACUUCCAGCCAGCCGGCCAGCCGUACUUCCCCGCCCCCCUUGCAUUAACUUCUUCCUGUAAAUGCCCUGGAGCCUAGCUCGGGAGAGGGCGGGGCAUUCUGGGCCCCGAGAUGAAAGGCUGGGGGUGGUGGGGGUGACCUGGGGAGCCGCAGCCGAGCAUCUGCCUGUGGUGCUUGCCCCUGCAGGGAGUGCUCAGUGCCCCCUCCCUAUGCCACCCCUGCGAUGCCCCUGUCCCGCUGGCUGAGAUCUGUGGGGGUCUUCUGGCUGCCAGCUCCCUGCUGGGCGCCCCAGGAGAGGUGGCUGGGUUCCCUCCUGCGGCCCUCCCUGGUGCACGGGUGCCCAGCCCCGGGGGCCUGGCACGGUGCCCGCUGCUGGUGCCAAGCGUGGACAGAGGAGCCUCGAGCACUUUACUCCUCCCUCAGAAUGAAUGGAAACCAGAAAUUGGACCCUUAUGCCCAAGAAAAGCAGAAUUUCAUCCAGCACUUCUCCCAGAUUGUCAAGGUGCUGACCGAGGAUGGCACGGGCCACCCAGAGAUAGGAGAUGCCGUUGCCCGGCUCAAGGAGGUCCUGGAGUACAACGCUGUCGGGGGCAAAUACCAGCGGGGCCUGACGGUGUUGAUAGCCUACCGGCAGCUGGUGGAGCCCGAGAAGCAGGAUGGCGACAGUCUCCGGCGGGCCCUGACCGUGGGCUGGUGUGUGGAACUGCUCCAGGCUUUCUUCCUGGUGUCGGACGACAUCAUGGAUUCAUCCCUCACCCGGCGGGGGCAGGUCUGCUGGUAUCAGAAGCCAGGCAUAGGUCUGGAUGCCAUCAAUGACGCGUUGCUUCUGGAAGCAUGUAUCUACCGCGUGCUGAGGCUCUACUGCCGGGAGCAGCCCUAUUACCUGAACCUGAUUGAGCUCUUCCUACAGAGUUCCUAUCAGACUGAGCUCGGACAGACGCUGGACCUCAUCACGGCCCCCCAGGGCAAUGUGGAUCUCAGCAGAUUCACUGAAAAGAGGUACAAGUCCAUCGUCAAGUAUAAGACCGCUUUCUACUCGUUCUAUCUUCCUGUGGCUGCCGCCAUGUACAUGGCGGGCAUCGAUGGGGAGAAGGAGCACGCCAGCGCCAGGAAGAUCCUGCUGGAGAUGGGGGAGUUCUUCCAGGUGCAGGAUGAUUACCUUGAUCUCUUUGGGGACCCCAGUGUGACAGGCAAGAUCGGCACGGACAUCCAGGACAACAAAUGCAGCUGGCUGGUGGUUCAGUGUCUGCAGCGGGCCUCUCCAGAGCAGCGCAAGGUCCUUCAGGAGAACUAUGGGCAAAAGGAGGCCGAGAAGGUGGCCCGGGUGAAGGCGCUCUACGAGGAGCUGGAGCUGCCGGCCGUGUUCGGGCAGUACCAAGAGGACAGCUACGGCCGCCUGAUGGGCCUCAUCGAGCAGCACUCUGCGCCCCUGCCCCCGGCCAUCUUCCUGGGGCUGGCGCACAAGAUCUACAAGAGGAAAAAGUGACCCGGGGACCGGGAGGGGUUGGGCGAGGCGGGGCCUCGAGGCGCUCAAUAAAUUGUCGAACCUUG